CAAAAACAUAAACAAAACAUCAAAACAAACAACCGCUAAUUUAUUUAACUUAACUCAAAUUUGCGCAUUUUAUGACAAUGACCAGCUUGGAGGAAGUCACCUGGGCCGAUCUGGCCAACAUUCCUGCGGAUCCGCCAACAAUGCGCGAGCUGUGUAAAAAGUGCGAACGACCCGUUCAAGUGUGCUGGUGUUCGGCGUUGCCUCCAAAGCCACUUGAGCCGCGGGGGCGAAUCAUCAUCCUGCAGCAUCCGGCCGAAGAGAAGCGAUCCCUGCGGACGGCACCGAUGCUUUCCGUCGGGCUGGCCCCGGGAAAGUGUCUCAUUUAUAAAGGCAAACGUUUCCCCAAACUCGACUCCGACCUCGAGUCCAUCCUCGCCGACGAAAAGUCGCUCCUGCUCUACCCCAGCGCCAGCUCCGUACCGCUCGAACAGGUCGCCGCUUCGGACGACGGCCCGUUCAACCUGAUCCUCAUCGACGGCACCUGGCCCCAGGCCAAGGCCAUCUACCACUGUUCGACGGCACUGCACACGAUGCGCCAGGUCAAACUGGUCAGCACCGGCAACAGCAACUACGUCAUCCGAACCCAACCUAGCGAUGGUUGCCUGAGCACGCUGGAAACGGCCGUCGAAGCGUUGAGCGUGCUGGAGCGGGACAACUCCUACCGGGAGCAGCUGCUGAGGCCACUGCACGCGUUGUGCCAGUUCCAGCUGGACAACGGGGCCGUCACGCACCAGUCGAAGGAGUUUCUGAUUAAACACAACCAGUAUCCGAAGCUGAUUGGGAAGCGGUUGAAUAAGUUACUUCGGAACGCCGACAAUUUGAAGGAGGAAAAGGAAGUGAAACACUGACACGGGGGUUUUGGAGAUUUUAUUCGUUUUUAUUACCUCUUUAUAUAUGAGUAAUUCAUAUAACAUAAAAUAUAGAGAGAAUAAUGGUUUUUUGUUUGUUUUAUAUAUAUGAUAUAUACAUUUACACUACGCAUUUCAGUGUUUUGCUGUAAAUAAACUCACUAUCGAAAAUAAAACAUGCGGCGGUUGUUGUUUUCUUUUCAACUUUGUUUAUCCAAUUUAGCAGUAGAAACUCUGAUCGGCGUCCUUCGUUUGACAUUAUGUUACCUCAAUAUUGAUUCACAUUGACCUGCAUCGAUUCAAGGUACAUCAACAGUGAGGUAUCGCAAAACUUCAAGCUGUCAUAGAAACACGCCGAUAAAGUUGUAAACAAAGUAUUUUGUUUUGAUUUCUUUUAAUGCUCUUUAAUUUCUCAUUUCAUCAAUUAAAUUAUAUUUUUGGUAACGUAAAAUUCAUCAGAUAACAGGCGUGUAACAAGUUUCUCUCAGGUUAUAUAAAGUUAAGCUUAUUUCUUUCCUUUGGAAUUUUCCCCCUUCUUCUCUAAAUAUCUAACACAAUUUAAUUUAAUCAUCUCAAGCCAGUUCGUUUUGUGCAGUUAAACUAAUGCGCCGAUUCGAAACAGUUAAUGUUAGGGGGUGGUGCACGGUGUGUGGUGAAUUUUAUAGUGCAGGUUCGAACUUAAACUUAGUUGCUAGUACUUUUUCCUUUUCUUAAUUUUGUUCUUUCAAAGAGAGCACAUGUUGCGCGAGAGGUUUUGCUACACUGGCUUAGAAAGUUACAUGGUUUUGGUUACUUUUUUUUAGGUGUUUGUUUCUACGGGUACAUUCAAAAACACGGGAUUUUUUGUUAUUAUUUUUGUGUUUCGUUUGAUGUUUAAUUUGAAUUUUGCAGCUGAUUUGCACGUCUUCUAGUUUGGUUGCAUAGAUUAUUACCAUUUUCAAGCUGUUGUUGUUUGGUCUUGAGUAUAUCGGAGAUCUUUAUUUAUGUUUUGCCAAUUGGUUUCAAUAAGAUUAUAUCUUAUAAUUAUCAGUAUUAUUUUUACAUUUUUUUUCUCUUAAGCUUACCAUCUUUAUUAUCCUUUCCGCUACCAUCAUAACUUCUCACGCAAUAAAAAGCACAUUUCCAAAAAUAAUCUCUGCGUUAGCUAUCUGUAAAAUUAUGUUCCAUCUAAUGGAAUGUUUUUGGUAUUUUUCGUAUUUUUUCCUCGUUUUUCUUUAUUUCAAUUUAAUUUACGUAUAGCUUCAUUGAAGAUGCAAUCGGCUAAUUAAGUCAUAAUUGAUUAAAAUGAACGGUUAAGUACGAACUGAUUCAACACUUCUUUCAAAUAGUUAUUGGAAUGCUUAAAUCAAAAUUUAUGUUUAGUUUCCAGAUUUCCAGAUGAUUCUCGUUCAAAAAAUUAUCGGUUUCCUUUUUUAGCUGUCAUUUUCGAUGCUUUUUAAAAUUGAUUAAAUCAAAUUUUCUUUCCAUCAUUUUGUUCUUCAAUUUUUUCCCUAUUUUCCUUGACACUGUCAACAAUGCCAUUUUGUGGCGAAGUGACGUAUUGACAAACCUGAUAAA